AUGGCUCAAGGAGAUUCUCACUGUCCAGUUGAGUUGGACGGAUUGUACGACCGGAAUAGAUCUGGAUCUACCAUUUGCUUGCCAUCAACGGCUCAAUCACCAUUGAAGCACGUUUCAACUUAUAACCCUAAGGCGGGCCACAAGGAUCUUGAGAAGUCUAACCAGGAUCCUUUCUACCUCGAGCAAGCUUUGGCGCCGACGCCAACUUGGGAUUCCUAUACACCAGAAAUUCGCAAUGAUAGUUUCAGUGACGACAGCAACCAAUACUAUCUCCCUUCUUUGAACAAGAAGGACACACUGUUUCAUCAGCAGACAUUGCCAUACGCUGACCGCAAUCGCCCAUGUACACUUGCGGAGCUGGAACUUGAGAAUAGUUUACGCUUCCAUCGCUACACUCCAUCUCAAGAGGAACAUUGGCCUCUGCACUGCAGCCAAAAUUCAUUCAGCUCGGUUCAAUCUGAUAGUACAGUGCCAGAUUUGACACCUAGUAGCUCUUUCUCAUCAAAACAUUCCUAUUAUUCCCCAUCUUGUCCCAACGCUGUUCUCCAAGCAACUGAGAAGCUAUACUAUCACGCACGCCAGGAUCAGAUUGAACCUCGCCGUGCUUUUUUGGCUGCUUUGACACCGGCCAUUCGCCCUAUCACGACCGCUGAGCGAUUCAAUAACUUUACAUUCAACCUCGCAAUGAAGUACGAUUCUUCCAGCAUGUCCUCAAGGAGGAAGCAGCAUCCUACUUUGCCCGACCUGGCUCGUUCACCAAGCUCUCACAGCCCCCGAAGAAAACACUCUAGCCAGAGUACCCGCCCACCCUUGGAUCCGUCCAUGAUAUCUCCUCCCUGUUUGAUUAACCCUGUUACGAUGGAGCCGCACGCCACCCACUUCGAUCAAGCACUAUUCAUACCUGCCAAUGACUUCGCUAGUCCUAUUCCUAGUCCUGUUGCUAGUUCUCCCCCAAUCUCUCGUCAGUGGACAGCCAUAUCCAUGGAAAGGCCAUCUAUGUCCACAAUCGACGUGUACUGUGAACAGUCUGUUUGGGAAUCAGACUCAGACAGCGAGUCCAUUGGCCCCAAAUCCAUUUCACGCAAACCUAUCGAUACCCUUCGAAAGGUCCGAAGUCGAGCCAAGCUCCGUGCGGCCAAGUCCCAGCCAAAGCUUCGCCACUCUCACGAUACCCAAAUCUCUGAAAGGUUCCCAUGUACGCCUGAAGAUGGCAUGGGUGAGUCCGUGGACGAACUCCGUGGUUCGAGCUUUGAUCGGUCUUUCUUGAGCCGACCAAGUACUAGCCGUGAUGGCCAAACACACCCUCUACAGACUCUUCGCCUGGUUGCCCCUUCAAACACCUCCCUCCAAAAACCUCUCACUCGCAAAAACAGCAUCAUCAACGAGUCCGAUCUAGACCAGACCGCUGCAGCCGCCCUCCAGGCCAAAUCAAGACGUCGGCAACUAUCCGACUCUCCCGAGUACUGUAAUUCCGACAAGGAACGUCUCACAUCCCUCUGUUACGAGGAGACUUGUUCUAAUAUCACCACUCCUGAACCUGUCUCAGAGCGACCCUUCUUCCGCCGUCUAUUGGAAUCACUCAGAUUUUUGAACUGCGCCAGACCACCAAACAAGUCCAGCAGCGUCACCACUCUCUAA